AUGCUGGGCAAAGGAAUCCAGGAUUGCAUCUAUGGUGGACCCGAUCAGUCGGAAGAAGAGCGAGCGAAGUCCUCCUGCACCAUGGAUGCUCGCAUGCUGCUCGUGGCAUUUCUCACCUUUGUGACAUAUAUGAUGUACCAUGCUCAGCGCAUCAGUUUUUCUGCGGUGGCCUCCUCUCUGACGGAGGAGGCGGGCUUUACGGCCACGCAACUGGGCGUGAUGUCCACAGGAUACAUGUUUGCUUAUGCCAUUGGUCAGUUCAUUUGUGGCCGCUUUGCUGACACGGUGCGACCCAAGCGUGCCUUGGUGUGGGGCAUGUUGUGUUGCGCGCUGCUACCGAUCAUCGAGGGAUUAAUGGGUGCCAGUAGCUGUGGCGGCGAAGGAUUCUGCUAUUCUCUUUGGAUUUUUGCACGCAUCGCCGAAGGCUUAGUGCAGGCCUCAGGCUGGACGUGCACCGUGGCCAUCAUGGGGAACUGGUUUCCGCAGGAAGGGCGGGGCUUGAUCAUGGGGCUGUGGGCGACCAACUCCAAUGUGGGUGACAUCUUUGGCCUGCACGUGAGCUCCGCAUUUUUGGACUCGGUGGCAUGGUAUGUCAUCUUGUGGGUCAUGGCAGGCUUCAUGAUCCUGUGGACUGUAGUGAACAUGAUCUUCCUGCGUGGAGCUCCUCCGCCCUUUUCCUUGAACUGGCAGUAUGAGGAAGCCGCGUCGACCAAGCUCGCGGCGGUGGAUCAAGAGAUCUCAGGUAGUUCGGCCAACUUGUGUCAGAUCUUGCGUGUGCCAGGGCUGCUGCAAUAUUCCUUUAGUUACAUGUUUAUCAAGUUGGUGAACUACGCUCUCUUCCUCUGGUUGCCCUUUUAUCUGAGUAAAGGCAUCGGUGUGGAUAAGUCCUUAGCCAGUCUGAUGGCCACGCGCUUCGACUUGGGCUUCAUAGUGGGUGCCAUCCUGGCUGGCCUGGCGAGUGACGUGACGACCCACUGGGCACGCAUGCCCAUGAGGAGUCCGGUGGUGAGUAGCUUCCUGCUUCUUUCGCUGAUCCCGAUGUCGGUGAUGCGCUUCUCCUCCGAUCCGGAGGUGAUCAAGUGGGCCAUCUUCUGCUGUGGUAUUCUGCAGGGUGGACCGGCAGAUGCCUUGACCUCUGCAGUGUCAGUGGACUUGGGCAAACAUCCGAGCUUACAAGGGGCCAGGGCCACCUCCACAGUGACUGGUAUCAUUGAUGGUACAGGGGCUGUGGGAGCAGCUGUGGGGCAGUACAUGGUGGGAAUGCUCAGUGAUCAGUUUGGCUGGAAAUCCGUGUUCCUCUUCUUGCUGAUUUGCUUGGGUGCUGCCUUCCUGCUCUCCUUGUUUCGACUCUUCAAGGAGUUGGCGGAUGUUCGUGCUGCCCGAAAGGCAGAGAUUGGAGCCGUCAGUGCCAAUGGCUUGGGAGAUGGCAUUGAUUGCGCCAGUGAAUCUUCGGAGGACAGUGAGGAUUUCCAGCCGUGCUAG